CAUUCACAUUGACUGACCGACCAGAGUUGAAGACUUCAAGUCUUGAACCUCAAAUUGGCAAUGGUCAUUAAUUAUUUAACCCAGUUGCUUCUUUCUUUCAGUCUACAGGAUAUCUACUUCCUGGUGCUUUUAACACAUAUAUUCAAUUUCGACGUGAAACCACAACUACCCCCAACCUGUCAGAUUUAACAUUUCUUUAAAAGCCAGGAGGGAGAGCGUUCAAGGAAGCAACUUCACCUCUUCUACUUCAAUUCCAUUGUUCUAGGCUUGAAAUUUUUUUUUCCCCAUUUGUAUCUAAAGGAGACUCGUCUUAUGGCUCAAACAACUCCUAAUCACACACAGACUGUUUCUGGAUGGGCUGCUCAUGAUUCCUCAGGCAAGAUCACCCCUUACAUAUUCAAAAGAAGAGAAAAUGGCAUCAACGAUGUGACUAUAAAAAUCUUGUACUGUGGAAUAUGCCACACCGAUCUCCAUCAUGUGAGGAAUGAUUGGGGGAUCACCAUGUAUCCUGUGGUGCCAGGGCAUGAAAUUACCGGGAUAAUCACCAAGGUGGGAAGCAAUGUGAAGAAUUUCAAGGUCGGAGAUAGAGCAGGAGUUGGGUGCUUGACAGCUUCAUGCUUGGAGUGUGAAUUCUGCAAGACCUCUCAGGAGAAUUACUGUGACCAGAUACAGUUUACUUAUAAUGGCAUUUUCUGGGACGGUAGCAUCACUUAUGGUGGCUACUCUGAAAUGUUGGUGGCAGAUCACAGGUACGUGGUGCACAUACCGGAAAACUUGCCGAUGGACGCAGCAGCUCCCCUGCUUUGCGCUGGAAUUACUGUAUUUAGCCCAAUGAAAGACAGCAACUUGGUGGAGUUGCCAGGAAAAAGAGUAGGGAUAGUGGGUCUCGGAGGUCUGGGACAUGUAGCUGUGAAGUUUGCAAAGGCAUUUGGUCACCAUGUGACUGUGAUUAGUACUUCUCCAUCUAAGGAAACAGAGGCCAAGGAUCGUUUGGGCGCAGAUGAUUUUAUUGUCAGCACCAACGCCAAGCAAAUGAAGGCAGGGAAGAGAACUCUAGAUUUUAUCCUGGACACAGUGUCAGCUAAUCACUCUCUUGGCCCAAUCUUAGAAUUGCUCAAAGUGAAUGGGACAUUGGUGGCUGUCGGCGCACCGGAGAAGCCCUUUGAGCUGCCUUCUUUCCCUUUAAUAUUUGGGAAAAGAACAGUGAAAGGUAGCAUGACAGGAGGAAUGAGAGAAACACAAGAGAUGAUGGAUCUGUGUGGCAAAUAUAACAUAACUUGCGACAUUGAGGUUGUUAAACCAAACAAAAUCAACGACGCAUUAGACCGACUUGCAAGAAAUGAUGUUAGGUAUCGUUUUGUAAUUGACAUAGCUGGAGCUGCAAAAUUUUAGAAAUCUAUAGAUCUUGGCCUAAUUUCAUUUAUAUGCUCUUACUUUAUUGAAUUUGACUGGCGUUUUCUUCUGUUGCUUGUAUGGCGAAGCACGUAGCCAGAAAUAAACAUGGUAAUAAAUUGAGUAGCGUAUAUCUUACUAAUAUUGAUGAAAUAGUGGUUGAGCAUUUGAGUCUUAAUAUAGCUACAGCUUCCAAACGUGUAUAUCAGGAUUUUAAUUUCUUGUUUCUAGUAUAUCAAUUUAUAUUCAGCAUUCA